UAGUAUGGGCAUUAGACAGGCGUUAAUGAGCUUUAGUAUGGGCAUCAGACAGGCGCUAAUGAGCUUUAGUAUGGGCGUUAGACAGGCGUUAAUGAGCUUUAGUAUGGGCGUCAGACAGGCGUUAAUGAGCUUUAGUAUGGGCGUUAGACAGGCGUUAAUGAGCUUUAGUAUGGGUGUCAGACAGGCGUUAAUGAGCUUUAGUAUGGGCAUUAGACAGGUGUUAAUGAGCUUUAGUAUAGGCGUUAAUGAGCUUUAGUAUGGGCGUUAGACAGGCGUUAAUGAGCUUUAGUAUGGGCAUUAGACAGGGGUUAAUGAGCUUUAGUAUGGGCAUUAGACAGGGGUUAAUGAGCUUUAUUAUGGGCAUUAGACAGGGGUUAAUGAGCUUUAGUAUGAACAUUAGACAGGCAUUAAUGAGCUUUAGUAUGGGCAUUAGACAGGGGUUAAUGAGCUUUAGUAUGGGCAUUA